AAACGGUUUAACCGCGCAAGAAGACACAUCGUACGGGGGGUCGGUCGUCGGAUUAGUAUCGCAGCGGGAACUGCUCCAGCGGAAACUUCCUUCAGCGUAUUGGAAAGCGAGGCAAUGAGCGAAACAACCCGUCCAACAGGAAGCGAUUCAAUUUUGGCAUUUUAGCGAACAAGCAACCUUCUUGCACUUAUUUCCUUGUUGCUGCUGGAGCGCAAGUGGCGAGCGCCAGUCGCGGAAAGGAGUCGUCCAAUCGAAUUAACGUGGCGUGCAGUGUGUUUGAGCGCAGUACAGUAGGGCAGUGCAGUUUGUUCGCAUGUUAUCUCAUAGCAAGUCGAGGCUGCCAGACAAGUUGAUUAGUAUUACCCACAUGCGGUGAAUUAAUAAUAAGCCGCAGAGCUUUAGUUGCAAUUGCAAGGAAAAAGUGCAUCGUACCUUGGCUCGGGGUAGAAACCGAGAGUCCACCAUAGUAGUAGCUGCUGAGAACCAUUGCAACUUCUUACGAGAGUGUUGUGCGAUCCAUCGCGGAACAUUUAAAGACAGGUUUAGCUUGCUGGUGAUUGCGACUAAACUGAAUAAGAGUUAGUCGAACUCUAAAGUUCUACGAAAACGGAUGUUUGCACGGAGCGAUUGAAGCAGAAGGCCAUACCGGGCGGUUGUUAAACAGUGCUGAGUGCUUUGUGUGUAUUUUAUUAUCGGUGCCAAAUACCUACGAUAGGUGUCAUUUAGUAAACAUGAAUAAAUCUGUGAUAAUUAUAAGCAUCGUACUUGUUUUGACAAUCGUUCAAACUCCACCUGUGGAAACCACUGUGCUGCGGUUAAUCACCGAGGCGCUCCAAAACAACAUCGCCGGCAUACCGCUGAUUCACAAAACCGAACACUUCGACUUCGACCCGGAGGUUAGCAAAAAGCGGCGAGAAUUGUACUACGAGCAACACGGAUAUCGCGGAGAGAAGGCCAUCGAACGGCUGGGGCUCGGAAUUGAUGGCAAGCAUCGGGAACGUGCAGCCCAGCAGCGAGCCCGCGACGAAGGGCAUCUGAAUGGGUUGAAUGAUCACCAGCCUUGAGAGCCUUGCGAUGGUCAUGUGUCGUGUGAACUGAGCGUCUGUAGAUGAGUGCAUGUGUGCUGUUUGACAUUGGUUGACCAAUGAUAUCCCCUGUGCUGUUUUUAGUCAUACUCGCGUGUAUCCGAAUGGUUGAAAUUGUGUAAAACUAAGAUAGUGACCACUGUUGCGACGAGAGAAGUAAUGAGGCUGAUUGAGGCAAUUGGCUUGAUAUUGUCCGAGUAUUGCUACCAGAACUAGUUUUGGAGGCAGUUACCAUUUCGAUGUGGCAAUGUUUGUGGAACAUGUGCAAUACGUAAACAUAUUUUAAUGAAUAGUUAAGAACGAAUAAAGUUAAUAAGAUGUUUUC